AUGGCUCCUGCUCGCACACUUCCUCCUCCAGUUCUCAUUGUUGGCACCGGUCCGGUCGGCCUCUUCCAGGCGUAUGCCCUGGCCAAACUCGACGUCCCAUCUAUUAUCAUCGGACGUCACAAGGAGCGCCUGGGUGCACCCAAAGCACAUGCGCUCAGCCCCCGCUCGCUUGAGAUCUGCCGCCAGUUUGGCAUCUCAGUGGACGAGAUCCGCAAGCACCCCGCUUUCCGCGAGGACGCCAAGUGGGUGCGCUUCUGCACCAACCUGAGCGGUCAGGCGGUGGGCCAUCUCCCCUACGAACGCAUGUCGCUUGAUGUCCUUGACGUGUCCCCCGAGAUGCUGCACAACAUUGCGCAACCCGACUUCGAGGACAUGGUCGACAAGCUCAUCGAGAAGGAGCCCCACGUCGACGUCCGCAAGGGCUGGACCUGGAUGUCCUGCACUGAGUCGACCCGCGACGGUCAGCCUAUCGUUGUCUCGGUUGUACAAAACACGUACACUGGCGAGACCACCACAAUCGAGUCGAGUGUUCUCAUCGGCUGUGACGGUGCCAACUCACGUGUGCGCAAGAACGUCGGCAUCGAGUCCGAGGGCGAGGAGACUGGUAACGCCGACUUGCGACCUGUGGUUAAGGAGAAUGUCGGCAUGCUGCACUGGAUCAUGGACCCCGAGGCUCGUGGGUUUAUCAUUGCCUACGACCUGAGCGGCAACCAGGUCCUCAUCCACAACUUUGACUCCAACUACCACCCGCUCGAGUCCUUUACCGAUGAGAAGUGUCUCAAGAUUGUCAAGGCUGCCAUCGGUGACGAUGCGGUGCCUGUCAAGCUGCACAGCACACUUCCGUGGAUUCUUCGCCGCCAGGUCGCCAACGAGUACUACCGCGGUCGCGUGAUGCUCGCCGGUGACUCCGCCCACUCGUUCCCUCCCACCGGUGGUCUUGGACUCAACUCGGGUCUCGGCGACGCCCACAACCUCGCCUUCAAGAUUGCUGCCGUCCACCAUGGCUGGGCCAGCCUCCCGACCGUUCUCGCCUCGUAUGACGAGGAGCGUCGGCCAGUGGCACUCCGCAACUCGACCCAGAGUGUCAUCAACGGCGUGAAGAUCUUCGCCCUACUGAAGGCGCUCAAGAACACGGGCCCUGACCCUGUCGUGGCUCGUCGCGAGAUGAUGGAGGCGCUGGCAAACCCCGAGCAGGCUGCUCUCAUUUCCAAGCUCAUCGAGGGACAGGUCGAACACUUUGACAACCUGAUGCUCCACAUUGGGUACGUGUACGAACCCAACUGGAACCCCGCCAAUGCCACCGACUUUGUGCCAGCAUACCGCAAGGGAGCUCGCCUCGCGCACGCAUGGAUCAAGCCGGCGACCAACUGUGUCGAGAGCCUCCCAGAGGUCGACCUGUCAUACCUUGCUGGCGACCUUGCCGAGGACAAGGUUGCCCAGUGGAACUACAGCACGCUGGACCUGGUUCCCGCUGCGUCUUACGCACUCCUGUACGCCAAGGACACCGCAUGGGCAAGCAAGGCUGCCGACCUCAAGGCCCAGCUGGCGGCGCGCCAUAUCCCUGUGGUUCUCGUCGAGCACGGCGUGGACUUUGAGUUUGUGGACGCCGCUGCUGGCCAGGCAUGGCUCGACGGGUUUGGCCUGGACAAGGGCAAUGCCAUCCUCGUCCGUCCAGACCAGCACAUUGCGGUUGUCACCGACGCCGCUCAGCCUGUCGACGAGCUUGUUAAGGAGGCCCUCGCUACCCUCCAGGUCUGA